AUGUCUUGUCCGGUGGUCCUUUCGAAGCUCGUAACUUUCGGAUGUCAAGGAUUGACGCUAAGGGACGAAAAUAGAGCAGAAGCUCUCGACAUGCUGAAUGGAAUACGCUCAAAUGUUGCUCAAGGAACAUUUCAAGCACAAAACCCGCUGCCGUCGGCGAAGAACAUGGCUAAAUUGGCAUGGAACUGUGAUCUGGAAAGAUUAGCUCAGCAAGCUGUAGACAACUGUCCUCCAAACCCACCGCCAAUAAGGCCCGCAAACGGGAGGAAUUAUGUUCUAUACGGAGCGGGUUCCUCCGCAAUCGAACGACAAUUACCCCUUCGAGCUGCACUACUGCAGUGGUCAGACAUUUCGAACGUGAUAUGGCCAGCUAACAAUGUUUUCGAUGGCAAUGCAGCAUUGCUUCCAUUUGCUAACAUGAUUCGUGCGAGGACACUUUCUGUUGGAUGCUCUAGUGCCACGUGUGUGGGUAGUUCGGCCACGGCUUGCGUCUUCUCGGCACCAUCGCUCGUCGCAAGAGGACUUGGUAGAAACGGCGAAUAUGCAAAUGAGAACGCUCCACCUGCUUCAAGAAUGGACCUGAUGGGGUAUGACUGCCAAGCAGAACAGUUAGCGUUGAAUCACGUGAGAUUGUGCGGCAGGCAACCGUCAUCUCCCUCUGCUCGACCCGGUUACAGCGAAAAUAUUCAUAUCCUCGAAACUACUGCUACAGAUUUGCUGGGAGCAAUUCAGAAUGCAAUUGGAACGUUCACCAAUGAACUCGGAGGAAAUGGCAUUCCUUCGAAUAUGUUAUUAACGCCGGAUGUUCUUCAGCGCACGCAAAGAGCGGUGGCAAGGGUUAGCAAGGAGACUGUUCGAGCGCACUACUUCAUAACGAUGUUUUCCCGAACCACCACGCGACUCUACUCAAAGGCCAGCAACAGUUUUCGAGCUCUACUCAACAACGAACUCGACUCCAUUAAGGCGGACGGCACAUACAAAAAUGAACGAGUAAUCACAGGACCACAAGGUGUUUUAGUCCAAGUAAAAGGUCGAACUGAACCCGUGCUCAACUUUUGCGCCAACAACUACCUCGGUCUCAGCAGCCAUCCAGACGUAGGUGUUUUUGGAACUUUGCAAAACACUUUAACCACUGUUGGCUUUUUUCUAUUUCUUAUUUUUGUUGAAACUUCGAACCAAUUGAUAUAA